GGUUCCGGCCGAGGAGGCCGCGGGAGCACCUGGUCCUGGCCAACCUGCACGGACCCCGUCUGGCCCCUGCAAGGCGCCCCCGCCGCGGCCCCCGCCCCGGCCCCAGCGGGGGAGGGGGGUCUCUGAGAGCGGCCCCUCCCCCCUGCGUCCCUGACAGUUCUGCGGUGCCUUCACCCCGCUGGUCCCUGUCUGUUCGUCUGCUGCCGCCCAGGCCUCGCCCCACCGCGGCCACCGGGGCUUCCUGGCCGCCCCUACCCCUACUGCAGCCGACCCCUUCGCUACGGGCCAGCCCCUGCUACAGUCAGAGAAGCAAGCCGGUAGCCACCACCACAGACCCAGAGCCUGCACCUCUACAUCGGGGGCCUGCACCCCAAGAUUGGAUCCAGAGAUCUGGAGACCCUGGGACCCUGAUGGGCCUGGAACCCCAAGACCUGGAGUCUGAACACCAAUAUUUGGGGCUAGAAUCUCAAUAUCAGUCCCUGGGACCGCAAUAUUUGGAACCUAAGCCCCAAGACUUGGAAUACGAAUCCCAAGAUUUGGAGCCUGAACCUCAAGAUUUGGCAUCUAAAAUCCCCAAUCUGGAGCUGAACUCUGAAUUCUGAGCCCUGGACCUUGAAAUCUAGGGUGAGGUUCCCAUGCCUAUACCCUGGGUCCACUAUUUGGGACCUGAACCCUGAAAUUUAGGCCUCAAAUUUCAAAAUCUGAACCCUGGCAUUCCAAGGGGCCUCAACCUGAGUUCCAGCCCAAAGUCCUUGCUGCAAACCUGAAUUCUGGAAUUUGGGACUAAAGACGUCCAAACUUGACUUAGCACCCCAAUAACUAACCCCAGCACUGCAGUACCAGAUCCCAGGACUGGACUUAGGACUUAGACCCUUAACUCUCCAUUUGGCCCUUUAGUAUCCCAAAAUGAGCUGAGCAGUCCUGACUCUGAACAGCCCAAAAGGGUGCUUGGGUCUCUAAAAGUGGACCUUAGCGGUCCAACAUUUGGGGAUCUUGGACUCCACGUAUCAAGGCCUAGAGACUCCAUGACCACAUAUCUAAGCUGAGACACUACAGAUGGGCAGGGAAGGCAUGACCAAGCAUUCCUACCCUUGACCCCCUUUGAGCCUGAGGACUCUGCUCCGUGGGGCAGCUUCUAGCUCAGGCCACCCCUGCCCGAGAUGGCCAUCCUCCCGCUGCUCCUUUGCCUGCUACCACUGGCCCCUGCCUCAUCUCCACCCCAGCUAGCCACAUCUAGCCUGUGUCCCCGCCGCUGCCACUGCCAGACACAGUCACUGCCCCUAAGUGUGCUGUGUCCAGGGGCAGGCCUUCUGUUUGUGCCACCCUCACUGGACCGCCGGGCCGCUGAGCUGCGCCUAGCAGACAACUUCAUUGCAGCUGUGCGCCGCCGUGACCUGGCCAACAUGACGGGCUUGUUGCACCUGAGCUUGUCACGUAAUACCAUCCGCCAUGUGGCAGCCGGCGCCUUUGCUGAUCUUCGUGCCCUCCGUGCCCUGCAUCUAGAUGGUAACCGGCUAACCUCACUGGGGGAGGGUCAGCUGCGCGGCCUGGUCAAUUUGCGCCAUCUCAUCCUGAGCAAUAACCAGCUGGCAGCACUGGCGGCUGGUGCCCUGGACGACUGUGCUGAGACACUUGAGGACCUCGACCUCUCCUACAACAACCUGGAACAGCUGCCCUGGGAGGCUUUGGGCCGCCUAGGCAACGUUAAUACAUUGGGCCUUGACCACAACCUGCUGGCUUCUGUGCCUGCCGGCGCCUUUUCCCGCCUACACAAGUUGGCACGACUGGACAUGACUUCCAACCGCCUGACCACCAUCCCACCCGACCCACUCUUCUCCCGGCUACCACUGCUAGCCAGGCCCCGCGGCUCACCUGCCUCUGCCCUGGUGCUGGCCUUUGGUGGGAACCCACUGCACUGCAACUGUGAGCUGGUGUGGCUGCGGCGGCUGGCAAGGGAGGACGACCUUGAAGCCUGCGCCUCCCCACCUGCUCUGGGUGGCCGCUACUUCUGGGCCGUGGGCGAGGAGGAGUUUGUGUGCGAGCCACCUGUAGUAACUCACCGCUCACCACCCCUGGCAGUGCCUGCUGGUCGGCCAGCUGCCCUGCGCUGUCGGGCAGUAGGGGACCCUGAGCCCCGCGUGCGUUGGGUGUCACCGCAGGGGCGGCUGCUGGGAAACUCAAGCCGUGCUCGCGCCUUCCCUAAUGGGACACUGGAGCUGCUGGUGACUGAGCCAGGUGAUGGCGGCAUCUUCACCUGCAUUGCGGCCAAUGCAGCUGGCGAGGCCACGGCUGCUGUUGAGCUAACUGUGGGUCCCCCACCACCCCCGCAGCUAGCCAACAGCACCAGCUGUGACCCCCCGCGGGACGGGGAUCCUGAUGUCCUUACCCCACCUUCUGCUGCCUCUGCCUCUGCCUCCGCUUCUGCCAAGGCAGUUGACACUGGGCCCCCUACUGACCGCGGUGUCCAGGUGACUGAGCAUGGGGCUACAGCUGCUCUUGUUCAGUGGCCAGAUCAGCAGCCUAUCCCAGGCAUUCGCAUGUACCAGAUCCAGUACAACAGUUCAUCUGAUGACAUCCUCGUUUACAGGAUGAUCUCAGCUGACAGCCACUCCUUCCUGUUGACCGACCUGGCAUCAGGCCGCACCUACGAUCUGUGCGUGCUAGCAGUGUAUGAGGACAGCGCCACGGGGCUGACAGCCACACGACCUGUGGGCUGUGCUCACUUCUCCACAGAGCCUGCACUGCACCCCUGCGGGGCCCCACAUGCACCAUUUCUGGGUGGCACCAUGAUCAUCGCGCUGGGUGGUGUCAUCGUGGCCUCUGUACUGGUCUUCAUCUUCGUCCUGCUUAUGCGCUACAAGGUGCAUGGUGGCCAGCCCCCAGGCAAGGCCAAGGUACCUGCACCUGUCAGCAACGUUUGCUCCCAGACCAACGGUGCCACACCGGCCCUCUCUGCCCCUGAGCCCUCUGCACCCAGGGCCCACACUGUGGUCCAGCUGGACUGUGAGCCCUGGGGGCCCAGCCAUGAACCCACGGGACCCUAGCUUCAUGCCCACCACAAUGACUUUUUUGGCCCAAGGGAUGGCAGGACCCAGGCACCCUAUGGGACCCGGCCUCAGACUCACCAAAUUGUUCACGGUUUUUAAAACUGAUGGGGAGGGUGGCAGGGGCACUGGGGCACAACAAGAAAGUCAUAUUUUUCUAAGCUUGGGCCUGGGCCCUUGCCCUUGUCUCUGUGUGUGGAAGUUGCGGGGAAUCAUGCAGGGGUCUGGAGCUGGGGACACCUCCUCUGGGGAGAGACCUGCCUAGUUCUGUCCAAGGUACCUGGAUGAGGCUGCGGAUGGUCAUUCAUUUAGUCAACAGACAUUCUUUGAGUGUUGUCUCUGAACAUAUGCUGGGUGAUGCUGUGGUGACUGUGACAUCCCCAAGAUUUCCCCUCAGACAGUAACUGAGAGAUCAGGGAUGUAGUAAUGAGGGAAGCCAGGGAGAUUGUGGGAGCCUAGAAAAGGUGCCUGACUCAGCCUGGGCCCUAGAGUGUGGUUAGGGACGGCUUCCUGGAGGAGACAUGUGACCUGAGAAUGACAUCCGAAGAAGGUAAUUGGCCCAGAAUAGAAGGAAAGGUGUUCCAGGCAGAGAGCACAGUACAACCAAGGACUUAGUAAGUGCCAGACACUGGUGGUACUGUGGUAGAGCUGAGGCAGGAGGGUCCUGAACAUGAGCAGGGCCCAGGUUUUCUAGGCUGAGGAGCUCAGACUGGGAAACUGGAAGAUUCUAUGCAGGGGAGGACAGGGUCAGGUUGGGGCUUUAGGAAGAUCCUUCUAGUCACCAUGAGGAAGAUGGACCAAAGGGGAAGACUGAGGCAGGGAGCCUGGGUGGAAGCCAGGGUGGGGGCCUGGGUGGGCGAGGACAGGGCUGGACAAAGCAGUUAGGGUUGAGUGAGACAGACGUUCAAGAAGCUGAGCAGAUGCGUUACGGAGCUGAAGGGCCAUAGGGGAGGGAAGUGUCCAUGCCAGGGAGGGGACAAUAGAGCUCUAUGAUAUAGUAGCAGGGAAAAGAGAUUUGGAGAAGAUGCUGAGGCCAAUGUGGGACCUGUUGGAUGUGGAGGGCCCAGAGGACAUCCAGAGGGUGACAACUAGGAGGUAUCAGGACCAUUGGUCUGAGGCAGGAGCUGGGGACAGAAAUGAGGGCUGUGUCAGAAGUGAUGGGGAACUGAGACCACCAGGGUAGUGAGACAGCCUCUGGGACCUCCCAUGUCUAAGAGACAGAAAAACCUAGACUUAAAGACUAAACAGGAGCAGCAGGUAGAGGGACAGAGUGAAGCAAACCAAGCAGGUCAAACUCAAGUAAUUAUCAUGUUUAAUGAUAUUGAGGCUUCAGUGAGAGCAGUGUUAGGGGUUCAGUCGGACAGGUGCCACUCAGCUGAUUUGAGAGUAGCAGGUAAGAAAAUAGAUAGGGAGUGUAGACCUGUGAUUCUGUGGGCCUAGAGCUUUUGUUCAGGUUGAUCUGGGACUUUCUGCCCCACAUCUCUCCAGGGCUCGUUGUCACUCUGUCUUGGACUGCGCUAGGUGCCCCUCAGACACCAAGAGGUUCAGAGGACCAAACCCCAGGUCUUAGAAAUUUCAGGCCUCCUUAAAGAUCCAGAAAUGGAACUAGCAGUAAGGGUUAGAAUACUCUUUGCUUUCAGGCUGCUUCUAGUGGUGGGUCCAGAGGAAGAGAUGUGGAGGGAAUUUGGGUCCUCUAAGUCUUCUCCGCAGUGAUGCUGGUGUGAGGAACAGGGAAAAGAGGGCCCAAGACUGGGCUGGCUAUUCUCAUGAUGUGGGGUGCUGGGGCUUUGUUGAUGUAUACAGGCCUUGGAAGUGAUCCUCCAUUGGCCACGGGAACAACCUGAGUCCCAGGGAUCUGGCCCGACUCCCAAGUGUUCCAGCAGCAUCAUUAGGUCCUUCUCUUGUUACCCUUGGGUGACAGGUCAGGAGCAGCCAGCAGAGAUUGGGAGGUAUAUUGAGGAAAAGGCCUGGGGAAGAGGAGGUUUGAAUACCUAGAGGUAGUUGCUGCCAUGAGGGGGAGCCAGAGUGCACUGUUCUUCAACCCUGUUCUUAAAAUAUUAACUUAGUCCGUGCCUAUUUGUGCUACAUGCGGGAGAUUCAGUAAGGAACUUGAGCCUGUCCUGCCCUCACAUACCUCGCCAUUUGGUGGCAGAAACAAAUGGCACAUAAUCACAUAAGCAAGUGUAAUAAUCUGUGUGACAAGUGGGGCCAUGCAAGAGAGACAUGGAACUGUGAGACCCUGUAACCAGGGGCGCUGACCAAGGAAGAGAGGUUUGAGAGAGGUUUUCUGGAGGAAGCAUUGCCUCAGCUGAGAUCUGAAGGAUGAUCAGGUUGCAGUU